GCCCUGUGCUUUCAGCCCGUUGCUCCCCUGUGGGCUGUGCUGUUGGUUGAGCGGGAAGUGCAGAGCCAAACAGUGCUUCCCAGGGUCUCCAGCCAAGUUCUCAAUGGGACAGGACAGUGAGCAGCAGGAUCCACAACCCCUAAGGACCCUUCCUGCUCUGAAUUCUUCAGUGAAGGCUUCCCACCCUAGGGAGAAAGCAAUCAGAGAGAGAUCGUGGGGCCGAGGCUGGGGCACCGUGGCUGUUCUGGGAGAGAUUUAAUGUGGCAGCCACAGAGCCUGGCUACAGAGGGGCCCGAGGACGGACUGGCUUUCACUCCUGGCUUUUCUUGUCCUUUGCUGUUUGGCCUCGGCAAGGUGUUAGCCUCUCUAGGCCUCGCUGUCCUCAUCUGUUUAGUGGGAAGUUUGUGGACAUGAUGAUUUGCUUGGCCUGGAUAGUGUUUCCAUUGGGAUUUCACAUAGAAGUUCAGAUUACUGGCUUCUCGUGAAAAUCCGAAGAUCCAGCCUCAGGUGCUCCACCUUCCACAUUCCACAUCUGCUCCAACCCCACUGGCCCACUGCACUCAGGUGACCUCAGCUCCAUGGGCAUGAGUUUGCAACAUCUCGCCCUCCUCCAACGGAGAGCACCCUUGGGUUUCCCAGCUCUGCAGGUGGUGGGUGCCUGCAGGGAGGGGCCAGGUUCUGAAGACUCCCACCUGUUUUGUUUGGACUUCUCCCUUCCUCUCCUCCACCCAGUGCUGCCUGUCACCUUCCUUCCCAGGCAGCAUGGGGCCUAUAUUCUCGCGCCCCUCAGCCACUGUCCCCACCUCCAGGAGGCCCUAGCCAUGCUUAUGACCUUGCUAUUCUGGGCCUUGCGUCCUGUUGGGAGAUGGACAGGAGACAGCUGGGCUCACAGGCCACCCAGGCUGGGGGCUAGCUGGGGGAAGCCUGCUGGCUCUCCCAGUUUUGUCUAAUCCCUGGGGCUCCCCCAAACCUUGACCUCAGGAGACUGGGGAUAGAAUUGGCCUUGCAAAGGAGGGGAUGGUUUGGGGAGCUGGGUGCUGUGUUCUGGAAAAGUUGGUGGUGAGUGAAGGCCGUGGUGCCCCAGGGUAAGCAGGACCUGAUCCCCUCCUAAUCUAGCAGCAACUGGUGCUGCGAGGCUCCCCCUCCCCCUAAACCCUGCCGGCUUCAGGGACUUGUCUUCUGAAGAUGGGUGGGGGAGGAGGCCAAGGAGCAUUCCCCCCACCCCAAGAUUUGCAUGUCUUGGCUGGAGGAGCCUAAGAGACUGCUUCCCUCUAAGCCUCGCUUUAAGGAUGGUUGCGCCAAAGUUUGGGACUGGCCAGGGACCGGCCAGGCUCUAUGUCCCUGUCCUUCAGAAGCAGGCUUCUCCCAUUCCCAGCUUCAGCCCUCCCAGGAGGGGAGGAACACCUUCCGACAGUGGGCUUGGAGACCCCUGCUGGAGGGAUCGAGGAGAACCAGUUCCUUCCUCCAUCCCAGGCCACACCCCCAGCCUCCCCAGCGGCCAGCCUUCUGCAGCUCCUGUGGGGUAGCUGUCCGUCUGGAAAGAUGGGGGAGGUGGGAGGGGUCACCUUAAAGGGCCCCACUGGCAGCAGCGUCCUGUAAAGCCUGCCUCCUGUCCUCAGCCUCCUGCUCUCAGCUCCCCUGGAGCCUUGGUCCUUCCGUCUUCUCCCCCUUCUCCAUGUUUGGGCAUUCCUGCUCCUUUCAGACAGCGCCCGUCACUCCUCCAGGUGGUGGCAGGGAGAAGCCACAGAGCACCAAAAGGCUUGGCACAGGCUGAGCCUGACUCUGGCCUAAGAAGGUGGGUGCUGGGCUAGAUGGAGGUGCCUGCAGAUGUGACCCCAUUGUCUGAGCCCCCCUCCUCAGGUCCCAGCUCAAGGGAGGGGUUUGUGGGAACCAUGAAAAGGGAGAGGGAAGGAGCACCAUGUCCUCAAUUCACCUGGAAGGCUCCCCCCACCAGUCCAGACAGAGGAAGGGAUAAAUGGGGGGGGGGCUAAAUCCUUAAGUGCCAUCAACCCUGCUGGCCUGCCUGCUCUCCAAAAGUGAGGCCUCCCUUUCCUUCUCCUGCUGUCUGCUCUGCCGUCAUCUGCUUAAGAACUUGAGCACCAGUGGGGGAAGCAGCCUGGAGAACCCUUUCAGUGGCCCAUACUCCUCUGACUGUCCAUCUCAGGAAGCUGGAGGCCUGGACGCAGGAAGGACUUGAGGCUCCUUCUUCCCCUCCCUGACCUUCCACUGUUACCUCUCAUUGAACCUCUCUCCUCUCUCUGCCCUCCUUUCCUCCCCUGCCCACAGCCCAGUCUACCCUCUGUCCGCUCCUCCAGCAGCUGCCCUGGUAGUAACCAAAAGACGCCCCCCUCCAGGAGCAGGGGUGGGGGUGGGGGGCUCUGAGCAGCUGCUCCAACGAGGAAGCUGAUACCAAGGCCAGCCGCUUAGCGACAACUUGUGGCUUUGCACCCAGCCCUGGGCCCCCACCCACCUGGUUGCUGCAUGCCAGCUGCCUGCAGUCCCUUUUCCCCACCGCUCCUCAGACUUCCCUCUGGCCCCCGCAGCCCUGUCUGUUUCCCCAGCUCUGUUCUGUCCUUAUUUUCCCCAGACCUGUCCCCAUCAAUCUUCCCCCUCCCCAUUCCUUUGGUCUGGAGCCUCUGCUCCAUCCAGCUUCCCAGCCCCCUUUCCUUGACACCCCUUCUUCCCUCACGCCUCUUCCUGCAGGGUAUGCCCAGCACCUGAGCAGGCAGCCUGUGAUCCUCUCUCUCCUAGAGGAGAUACUCCAGGGCCAGGGCAGAGUGUGGACUACCCGCCAUCUGGGGUCUGCCAUGUGAACCCCUUGAGUUAACACAGUGGGGGAUGAGGGGACCCUCAUUCCAGGACUUGGGGUGACUCCUGCUCCCAUCCUGAAACAUUGAUCUCUCCCCCUCUGCCAUCAGCACAUUCUGUAGCCUCUUGGAUUACCUGGCUGCCUGGGUAUCCCAUUUUCUUGGCGGGGGGGAUUCCCCGCCAGGGAUGGGGGGCCCCCCGAAGGCUACGUUUCCAGAGGCCAAGUUAGAGCGAUGGGGAGGGGGGGAGUUUGGGGGAGAGACAGGCAGUCCUGGCUUUGCUCACCAGGGCUUGGACACUAAAUCCCUUGUUGAUGGCUGCAGCAACCCCUCCCGAGGGUUGGGUUACCAUCUUCUGCCCUGUCCCCUUGACCCUCUCCCCUCCCUACUUCCCCUUGUCCCUCUAGAGCCAUUUCCUCUGGCCCCCAAAAGAUGCUGGCCCCCUCUCCCGUCCCCUGAAGGUUGGAGUAUCUGCUGCCCUUUCAGCAAACUGGGUGAGGAAGGAGACUGGCAAUAGCAACAGGUCGAGGGUGGGUGGGCUGGGAGGGAGUCCAGGAAAGAGAAAGGAGGAGGCUCGGGAGUAGGAGGAGGAAGAACUACAGGGAUGACUUUGGAACAGGAAAUUCAGUACAACUGAGGAAGUCCAGGCAACUGAGGGAGGGGUCAGCAAAACACAGACAGUGAAGUCUCUCCCUGCCCCCCCCUUCCCUGGGGCUGGGGCCACCUUAGCUUCCCUCAUGAGUGACAUCUCAGGCUGCAGCCCCACUGUUCCCCCUCUGUCAGCAGAAAUAUCUUUCUCCUGACCCCUCCUGCUGGAGUCUUAGCCAGCCAAUCCCUGAUCUGGGGGGGGGAGCCCAGCCCCCCCUACUCCCUCAUAAGGACCAGCUGGGGGUUGGGGGGGUGGCCGGCUGCUGCAAGUGGGACGGGGGUUAGAGCUUCGUGGAAGGAAGAAAAACGUGGGGGGGGGCAGGAGAGAAAAGCAAGAACCCCAGACAAAUAGGCAGGUGGACACUGAAGAAGGCCCCCGAAACGUGAGAACCCCCCCCCAAGAAGGAGCACACCGCCCCCUGGGCCCCAGGAAGGGAGCACAAUGGAGGCUGCACACUCCAAGACCACAGAAGAAUGUUUGGCCUAUUUUGGGGUGAGCGAGACUACAGGCCUUAGCCCGGACCAAGUGAAGCGGCAUCUGGAGAAAUACGGCCCCAACGAGCUCCCUGCUGAAGAAGGGAAGUCCCUGUGGGAGUUGGUGGUAGAGCAGUUUGAAGACCUCCUGGUGCGGAUCCUUCUCCUGGCCGCCUGCAUUUCCUUCGUGCUGGCCUGGUUCGAGGAAGGCGAAGAGACCAUCACUGCCUUUGUGGAACCCUUUGUCAUCCUCUUGAUCCUCAUUGCCAAUGCCAUCGUGGGGGUUUGGCAGGAGCGUAAUGCAGAGAACGCCAUCGAGGCUCUGAAAGAAUAUGAACCCGAGAUGGGAAAAGUUUACCGGGCUGACCGCAAGUCAGUGCAAAGGAUAAAGGCUCGGGACAUUGUCCCCGGGGACAUCGUGGAGGUGGCCGUGGGGGACAAAGUCCCUGCCGAUAUCCGCAUCCUGUCCAUCAGAUCCACCACGCUCCGGGUUGACCAGUCCAUCCUGACAGGCGAGUCCGUAUCUGUCAUCAAGCACACAGACCCUGUCCCUGACCCCCGAGCUGUCAACCAGGAUAAGAAGAACAUGCUUUUCUCGGGUACCAACAUUGCCGCUGGCAAGGCCUUGGGUAUUGUGGUUGCCACUGGUGUGAGCACCGAGAUUGGGAAGAUCCGCGACCAAAUGGCCGCCACAGAACAGGACAAAACCCCCCUGCAGCAGAAGCUGGAUGAGUUUGGGGAGCAGCUCUCCAAGGUCAUCUCCCUCAUCUGCGUGGCCGUCUGGCUCAUCAACAUCGGCCACUUCAACGAUCCUGUGCACGGGGGCUCCUGGUUCCGUGGGGCCAUAUACUACUUUAAGAUCGCUGUGGCCCUGGCUGUGGCCGCAAUCCCAGAAGGCCUCCCUGCCGUCAUCACCACCUGCCUGGCCCUGGGCACCCGGCGGAUGGCAAAGAAAAAUGCCAUCGUGAGGAGCUUGCCCUCCGUAGAGACUCUGGGCUGCACCUCUGUCAUCUGUUCGGACAAGACGGGCACCCUCACCACCAACCAGAUGUCUGUCUGCAAGAUGUUUAUCGUCGACAAAGUGGACGGAAACAUCUGUGUCCUGAACGAGUUCUCCAUCACUGGUUCCACUUAUGCUCCAGAAGGAGAGGUCCUGAAGAAUGAUAAGCCAGUCCGCUCAGGGCAGUAUGAUGGGCUGGUGGAGCUGGCCACCAUCUGUGCCCUCUGCAAUGACUCCGCCUUGGACUUCAAUGAGACCAAAGGUGUUUAUGAGAAGGUGGGCGAGGCCACCGAGACCGCACUCACCACCCUGGUGGAGAAGAUGAAUGUAUUCAACACCGAAGUGAAAAACCUCUCCAAGGUGGAGAGGGCCAAUGCCUGCAACUCGGUGAUCCGCCAGCUAAUGAAGAAGGAAUUCACCCUGGAGUUCUCCCGGGACAGAAAGUCCAUGUCGGUCUACUGCUCCCCAGCCAAAUCCCGGGCUGCUGUGGGCAACAAGAUGUUUGUUAAGGGCGCCCCCGAGGGGGUCAUUGACCGCUGUAACUACGUGCGAGUUGGCACAACCCGGGUGCCCAUGACGGGGCCAGUGAAGGAUAAGAUCAUGUCGGUGAUCAAGGAGUGGGGCACGGGCCGGGACACGCUGCGCUGCCUGGCCCUGGCCACCCGGGACACCCCCCCGAAGCGAGAGGAGAUGGUCCUGGACGACUCUGCCAGGUUCAUGGAGUACGAGACGGACCUGACAUUCGUUGGCGUGGUAGGCAUGCUGGAUCCCCCCCGCAAGGAGGUCACAGGCUCUAUUGAGCUGUGCCGGGACGCCGGAAUCCGAGUCAUCAUGAUCACAGGGGACAACAAGGGCACAGCCAUUGCCAUCUGCCGGCGGAUCGGCAUCUUCGGGGAGAAUGAGGAGGUGGCCGACCUAGCCUACACGGGCCGGGAGUUCGACGACCUGCCCCUGGCCGAGCAGCGGGAGGCCUGCCGUCGCGCCCGCUGCUUUGCCCGCGUGGAGCCGGCCCAUAAGUCGAAGAUCGUGGAGUAUCUGCAGUCCUACGAUGAGAUCACGGCCAUGACUGGCGAUGGGGUCAAUGACGCCCCCGCCCUGAAGAAGGCCGAGAUCGGCAUUGCCAUGGGAUCCGGCACCGCCGUGGCCAAGACGGCUUCUGAGAUGGUGCUGGCCGACGACAACUUCUCCACCAUCGUGGCCGCGGUGGAGGAGGGCCGCGCCAUCUACAACAACAUGAAGCAGUUCAUCCGCUACCUCAUCUCCUCCAACGUGGGCGAGGUGGUCUGCAUCUUCCUGACCGCCGCCUUAGGGCUGCCCGAGGCCCUGAUCCCCGUGCAACUGCUGUGGGUGAACCUGGUGACGGACGGGCUCCCGGCCACGGCCCUGGGCUUCAACCCACCAGACCUGGACAUCAUGGACCGGCCCCCCCGGAGCCCCAAGGAGCCCCUCAUCAGUGGCUGGCUCUUCUUCCGCUACAUGGCAAUUGGGGGCUACGUGGGUGCAGCCACUGUGGGAGCGGCUGCCUGGUGGUUCCUGUAUGCAGACGACGGGCCUCAUGUCACCUACAGCCAGCUGACUCACUUCAUGCAGUGCAACGAGGAAAACCCUGACUUCGAGGGCGUGGACUGUGAGGUCUUUGAGGCCCCCGAGCCCAUGACCAUGGCCUUGUCCGUGCUGGUUACCAUCGAGAUGUGCAACGCUCUGAACAGCCUGUCUGAGAAUCAGUCCCUCCUGCGGAUGCCGCCCUGGGUAAACAUCUGGCUGCUGGGCUCCAUCUGCCUCUCCAUGUCCCUCCACUUCCUCAUCCUCUACGUCGACCCUCUGCCGAUGAUCUUCAAGCUCCAGGCCCUGGACGUCACCCAGUGGCUCAUGGUCCUCAAGAUCUCAUUUCCAGUCAUUGGGCUCGACGAGAUCCUCAAGUUCGUUGCUCGGAACUACCUGGAGGGAUAACCCGUUUCCCCCUCCUCCACCUCUUUGAACCGUGUCACAGAUCCAGAAGAUGAAAGGAAGUAACCAGUACUUUUGCCCCGUCUUCCCCACCCUGAUAGUGACGCAUCUUCAGCCAGAGCCAUGGCACAGACUCCCACGUCCCCUCCACUCCCCGACAGUCUUCUGUUUAUAAACAUGAGGGUCCGUUUCACUUUUCUACCCUCCGCCACAGCCCCUCUUCCCUUCUGCUCUUGUGAACCCUCCCCUCCCCAACCCCAUGGGGCUCGCAGGGACAAGGCGACCGACUGAGCUGAGCUGCUUAUUUAUUGAAAAUAAAUGACAGAAAAGUC